AUGACAGAUAUACUCAACUUGGGCGGGAGAUUUGACCCCGAAGCUGAGCUCAAGUCGGAAGGGAAAGGCGGCGAAGAAAGCUACGUGCAUCUUCGCAUCCAGAAGCGAAACGGUAAGAAGUCCGUGACGACCAUCCAGGGUAUCCCCAAGAAGCACAUCGAGAAGGUCCUCAAGGCCCUGCGCAAGCAACUCUGCUGCAACGGCACCGUCAUCGAAAGUGAAGAGUACGGCCAGGUGAUCCAGCUGCAAGGCGACCAGAGAGAGAAGGUCAAGGAGUUCAUCAUCGGCAAGGGCAUCGUCUCGCAGAACGCCAUCAAGGUGCAUGGUUUCUAA